CUAUUACUCACAUCAGAUCAGUACGCGAAGCACUGUUAUAUACAUUGCAUUAAUCUAAUGACUUAUUCUGACAUUAGAUACUCAUAGUACAUAGCCAUUCAUCUACAUAAAAUAAACUAUAUUCCAAUUUAGUAUUGGAAUACUGUUUACGUGUAAAUCAAAACAGUGUAAAUAAAAUUUAAUACAUAUUUGUAUUAUUUCUGAGAAAGAUGGAAAAACCUGAUUGUUUCCGCACAUCGAAGUAGUCAGAUAUUUAGUUAACACUUGAAAAGUUUAAAACAAGAAGUGAUAAGUGAUUUUAAGCGUAAAAAAUUUUAAUUUAUAUGAAUAUAAUUUCAUAAUUAUAAUAGUCUAUCAAAAAAUCUCUAUAAUGGAAGUUGUGAAAUUAUAUAUAAUAUUUAUGGCGGUAGCUUUUAAGUACAGUUUAGCUACUUUAUCUGAAAUGGAGCAGCCAUCUGUUGCCUGCCCGGAUUUAUUUAAAUAUGUCACUGAUGCCAACGAAGCGUAUGGAAUAAUUACUAUACCCACUCAAGAUAUCACCGAUAAGAGAGUACAUCUCACAGUCACUGUUAAUCAACGUGACACAAAGAACCUUAUAUAUAAUCUUUUACCAGUUGAAAGCAUCGACAAUUCAAUUCGAAAAAUUUACGAGAAUAAACCAAUAGAAUUUCGGUUAAUAUUUGCAAGUCCAACGGAAUAUCCAAAGAUUACCAAAAUAACUGUAAAUGAAAAUACAGUUUGUUCUGACGUUGGCUAUCCUGCACCAAGUAUAACUACAGUUCUUCAACUUAUAUUAGGCAGUUUAAUCUCUUCAUCUAGAGACUUAUCAUUACAGAAGCUACACAAUUGCUUUAAUUACUUUAGAUACGAAGAGCAAAAUAACAAAACUAUUGGAAAAAUAAAAAUUCCUCAUUACCUAUUUCACGAUGGAAAAUUUGAAGUCAGUGUUUCGGUUUCGCAGAAACCACCUAUACAAUAUAAUGUUUUUGGUUUGAGUCCAUACAAAACUCUAGAUGAAACCAUUUUGGACCAUUUGGAGGGCAAACCAAGUUAUUACCGUUUUGACUUUCCGGGUCAAACGGAAAUUCCCCUAUUAAAGUAUAUAAAAGUGAAUGGUAAAAUAAUUUGUACCACCAACAACGGUAACGUUCGAUCCAAUAGAAUAUGGUACAGCGCUACACAUUCUCAACAUUUCACGGGGGGAUUUGGAAAUUUGAACACCGAUGAUGAAGAUGAUGAUGAUGAUAGUGAAGAAUCCAAGGAUAAGAGAACUUGUGGACGAGAAAACGAUGUUCUCAUACCAAUUGUCAGAUUUAAUGAUACUACUGGACAGUUUCCUUGGCUCGCGGCUAUAUACUUGAAAAGAAAUGACACUUUAAAAUUCAUUUGCAGUGGUUCACUUAUAUCAGCGCGCACUGUGAUCAGCGCAGCAUAUUGUUUUGACACAGAAUCUGUGAUGGCAGAUCAAAUGAUCGUCAAGCUAGGCGGUGGUAUUAAAGCAACUGACAGCCAAAUCUUUAAUUUUGGUGUAGAAAAAAUAAUAAUACAUCCCAAUUAUACAUCUGCUUUAAUUGCGGAUGCAAACAUUGCGUUACUGCAUUUAACUUCUUCAGUAAUUUUUUCCAAUUAUAUUAAUCCAAUUUGUUUAUGGAAUGAAUCGACUGAGCUGCAUAAAAUUGUUAACAAACUGGCUUAUAUAUUGUCCUGGAAUUCAACAGAGAGUGACAGCAUUGCUAACACAACACAAAAGGUAGGCUUCGCCAGAAUUGUUAAUAAUAUUGAGUGCCUGAGCUCAUCUGAUAAAUUCAAAACAAUUACCUCACCACGAACAUUUUGUGCGUCCAAUGCAGUGAUUCCUGGUCCUUGCACAGGUGAUUUUGGCUCAGGUAUAAUGAUGAGAAAAAAUAAACAUUGGUCGUUACGAGGUAUUGUAUCUGACGGACCGCGGUUAGAUGGUGAAUGCUAUUUAAAUGAAUUUGUUGUGUUUUGUGAUUUGGCAAAACAUCUUGAUUGGUUAAACGCAAAUAUAGUAUUUUAAAUUAUAAUUUAGUUUAGUAUUUUAGUAAUAUUAAUUUUAGUAAUUUAGUUUUAAGAAUUAUGUUGGCCACAUAUUUUAAUACGUAAAUUUAAAAAAUUUGUAAUAAAAUAAUUUGUUAGUAUGCUGAGUCUUUAUCAGGUACAUUGAUGUUUUGGAUCAUGUAUAUCUUUCAGCGAUAAC